AUGGCAGCGGCACCGGGCGGCGGUGAGGCAGCAGCGGAGGGGGGCCAGGGAGCUGCAGUGUCUGUGGCGGCGGCUGCAGCGGCAGCGGCGACAGGUGAGGCUACUGCGGCGGUUGUAGCAGCCGAUGGGUUGCGAUUGGGGCAGCCCAUGGGCAGGAAGCGGGGUCGAGGGUCCCGCGAUGGGGCUGACGCGGCGGCCAUGGCGGCAGAGGUGGGAGCGGUGGCGGCCGGAACGCAGGGGGCUGAACGCAGUUUAGCGACAGCCGCACGGCCUUCACGCAGGGCUAAGGUCGCGGCGAGUGCCGCCAUCAGCGCCGCUGUCAAGGCGGAGGGAAGCCGCGGGGCCGCGGGGAGCCAAGGGCUGGGGAGCAAUUUGGCGGUGACGGCUGCGUCAGCGCCGGCACCCCGCAGCCGGCGUUCGGCAGCGGUGUCGCGGCGGGGUGGCGGGGAAACUGCGCGGGAGGCGGAGGCGGGGCCGUCACGCUCUGGUGGCGGUGGUGAAACAGUUAAGGACGCUUGCAGCGAUGGUGACGGUGAAGGCAUUCAAAAUGUUGGCCAGGCGGCGACGGAACCCGUGUCGUACAAGGCCCGUCGCCGGAAAGCGACGGCGACGGUGGCGGUUGCGGCAGGAUCCGCCGUCGCAGCGGAUUCGGCGACGACUGCUGUGGAAGCAGCCGCUUCUCCGGGGGACCGACGGGGGAAGAAGGCGGCGGUCGCCGUCCCACGGGUCGGUGUCCUGCCGCCCGAGGAGGCCGCGGCGCUGCUCGGUCAGCCGCUGCUGGACCUGGGCGAGCUCGUGCCAGGCGUUCUCGUGCGUCGGCCAUCGGCAACAGUCAAGACGCCGUACGUCGCAGAUGUACGGCUGUUACAAUCGCCUUCGGCGCUUGCCGUCUGCGAUGGCAGCGCCAGCGCGGGCAGCAUCGCUGGCGGCGGCGGCGACGGUCCGCUUGUGUUGGCCCACGCUCCCGCUCUGGACUGCGCGGGUAUGCUGGUGGAGGACCUCCGACCCGGGGGUCACGUAACCCUGGUGGGAAGCCACCCCCAGCUGGCGGAGAGGCUGGCGGCGGAAAUGAUACGACGGCGUUGCCUGGAAGAGGCGCUAGGGCCGUACGACAGUGUGGAGACCCAACGGACCACUUUGCUUGAGGUUAAGAACGUGGUGUGCGCUGACUUCCCGGAGGGAGAGGUUCCUCCGGGGCGCCCGGCUGCGGGGGUGUACACGGCUCCCCCCGCCCCGGAUGGCAGCGGCUAUCGGCCCACUGCGCUGUUUCCACACGGCGCGCCGAAACCCAAAAUCAAGGUGGUAUCUGACCGCGCCAUUAAGCACGUCGGGUCCCCAGCUGGGGAUGCAUCCUCCCCGCGCGCGGGUCUUCGCGCCGCUGUGCUGUUCAUUGUCAACCGAUGCGAUUGCGAGGCCUUCCGGCCCUGUCACGAGGCUGACCCGCUGUUUGCGCAGGUGCUCAAGGCAGCGCAUGAAGCGGGCGUUAUACUCCUGGCGUACGACGUUGUGUGGAGCCUGAACGGGCAGGCGCUGCCUGGAAAGCGGCUGCCGGUGGUGUUCGCGCCGGGGGUUAGUGCCGAGUACGACAACGACCGGCUUGCCGAGGUGCUGCACUACAACGCCACCGAGCCACGCAAGAAGUGGAAGUCAACUAAGACCAAGUCCACGCAAGGUGGCGAUGCCAAGGGUAGGGCUGAUUGCAGCAACAAGGGCAGGAAAAGUGGUGCAGACUGA